GCCACUUUGCUGUUUGCAAGCUGCUGGCCUGAACUUCAGUGAAGAAGCAGCACCAGCAGUAGUGGAGAAUCAUGGCAGAAUCCUCAGAACCCAAAGUGCAGCUGGUUUACAAACUCAUCCGAGCUUUUCCAGACUUUCCGAAAAAAGGCAUCCUGUUCAGAGACAUCUGUCCCCUUCUGAAGGAUCCAGCUGCUCUGACAGCAGUGACCGACCUGUUUGAAGAACACGUGAGGAACAAUUACAAACAGGUUGAUUUAAUCGUAGGUUUAGAUGCACGUGGUUUCCUGUUUGGGCCUCUGCUCGCCCAGCGGCUGGGUGUUGGCUUCGUCCCGAUCAGAAAGACAGGCAAACUGCCCGGAGUCAUUGCAUCUGUGGCGUAUGAUUUGGAGUAUGGCAAGGCAGAGGCAGAGGUUCAGGAGGAUGCAGUGGCUCCAGGACAGAAGGUUCUGCUCAUUGAUGACCUUCUAGCAACUGGAGGGACAAUGUAUGCAGCCAUUCAGCUGAUGAGGAAGCAGGAGGCUGAAAUUGUGGGCUGCAUGGUGGUCAUCGAGCUCAAAGAGCUCAACGGCAUUGACAAGCUCAAACCCCACAGUGUGUUCUCCGUGGUUCAGUACUGAGGACACUUCAGCCGCCCACUGGAAAUAGGAAAGACACGGUUUUACAACCAGUAGUUACUGUGUCUGUUCUAGUAAAACCAGAAACAGCAACUGCAGUUCCGCUCUAUUUUUUUAGUGUUUUAACUUCAACCAUAUUUGGUUUUCUAUUUUCGUCAGAGAUAUAUCAUGCAUGCUUUGGGGAUGACAAAGGUGACAAGGAGAUAAUUUGGUUUCCAUGGUUCCUUCAGGUGUCUUGGAAUGUCUUCAAUUUUCUGUUCGCCUCUGGGAUCAUGCACCGUUCCCCUGUGUGCCAAAACUGGAAGAAGCCAUUAUAGAUGGAGGGGGGACUGAUAGAAAGGUAUACCAUUUACUGUGGCAUAUUAAAUGACCAUAGGUUAACGUUUGUGGAUAAUUUAAAGACUUAAAAGUCUCUACGUCUUAAUGUUUGUGCAACGAGUGUGUAUUUGCUGGACAUGAGUUCAGCGCUGACAAUUAUUCCAGUAUAUUGAAUUAUUUUAUAACAGAAAAAUGUUUGUUGUUUGUUGAUCAGGAUCUAUUUAAAUCUAUUGUGUGCUGAUGGUUGACCUAUGACCACCAUUCUCUCUUCUGUUGCACUUGUGUUCAGCUUUGUCAUCACCAAUGGAUUUAUUACAUGACAGAAUAAAAUUAAUAAUGAAAAGCAAAGUAGUUGUAAUGCUUACCCUGCAUGUGCAAAGGUGAAUGCAGUAUUAUGCUGACAUGAAAAUGUCAUUCCUGCCAUACGAUCAUACAUUAUUUAGAAUCAAAACAAGUUUUGGCUUAUGACUGUAGUAUUAUUGGAUGCAGAGAUAGCCGGUAAAAUUUUUAUUUGUGAACUCAA